AUGGCGACCUCGCCGCCGCGGAGCCCUAACUCAGGCGAUCGGCCCGAGACCACUGACCUCGUUGUCGCCGCUCCGGCACAGCCCGCUCGCAUAUGGAACUCCCUCGUCGCCCGCCUCCCUACGCUACCGAACUCCCUCCUCCUCGCCGCCGCCCUGCUCUCCCACUCCCCAUCUACGAUGACGCCGCAAGCUCCGCCCGGUGAGAACCUCUACUCGAAUCAGCGCGGCGCCUGUCAUUCCCAUGCCACGCAGGCUUUUGCUGGAGUAGUGCUGCGCUUCGUGCUCUCGUUGACUGCGGACAGAACAAAGGUUUCUGGUGAGAUGCCCAAAGCUUUUGCCAUCUUAGAAGAUAUCGUGCAGCAUACUUUGUCUGAUUUGCAUAGCAUUCAGAAGAGCUUACUUUAUUGGAAGUCCAAAGCUGAGGGAACAAACUCACAUAAAAUGUACUUUAUGAUGUUUGAAAGAGGUCCAAGGGCCUUCCUUGAAGCAACAUGUCAAACACUAACUAGACUCAGGAGCAAUGGGAGUCCAUCCGAGUACCUUUUAGGCUCUGCAUCUGAUAUAGUCUCAGUAAAACUUGCUGUCCUGACGAAUAUGCAACAUCGAUUGGCUGCUUUUCUGGCUGAGGUUUACUCUGAAGUUGAUAAAUGCAGAGAAGGAUUAACUGAAAGUUCAGAUAAAUCACUACAUACACUAUUUGUUAUUCUGAACACCGUCUUCCCCAAAUUGGAGGUAUCUCUUACAAAUGCUAGUGAGGGGCAAACUCUACCAUUCACUCAUGACGGAAACUCAUCUCAACUUAUCUUCGAAAGAUUGCCAGAGGUUGAUGUUGAGAGUCCACAAUGGAGUGAGGCCUUAGCAACAGAUGCUAUUAGUCUGAUAUAUCAAAACCUCCAAAAGUUAGAUAGUUUUGUUUCCUCUCAGCUUUCAAGUCAUAAAAAGCCAAGAAAUAUGACCAUAUACUGGUUACCCUACACGUGUGGAGCAAUUGGCCUCUCUGCAUGUUCCCUAUGGCUUCUGCGCCAUAGUAGCUUGAUGGGAAGUUCUGACAUGGACAACUGGAUUCAAGAUGCUAAGGAGUCAGUUGCUGGAUUCUGGGAUGAACAUGUUGAGAGACCAUGUAAGUUAACUGAAGGUAAAUCAAACUAUUUAAUGAAGGCAGAGGCUUUUCAGGUCAUUUCCAUUAGAGAUGAGCUAUUCGAGACAUUCAAGCGAACAGAUAAACGUGUAAUGGAAAGGGAAGAGGUCCAACUAACCGAAGAAUCAUUGCACAGGAUGUUAAUUACCUUCUGUGAGCAAACUUCAAAGGAAAAACUGGCACAGGAUGCAUCAUUGCAGGAGUUGCUGGAGAUUGUCAUGAAAAGGUACGAAAAGGAAUCGAUGCAUCCAAUUCAGAAUCUGUUCAGUGGAGAAUUAGCACGUGCCAUGCUUAUUCAGGUUCAGAAGCUAAAACUGGAUCUUCAGGAGGCAAUGCUGGAACUGGAUCAGAUUCUCAAGGCAAAUGAGAUAAACUUUGCUAUUCUUGCAGCUCUGCCUGCAUUUGGUCUUCUGCUUCUCCUGCUGUUUUUAGUGCGAGCAUGGGCUAUGCAUGACCAAGGUGCAGAAGGAAGAGGAAGGAUUGCACGUCAUCAGCGGUGGCAGCUACUCAUAGAAGUUGAGCGAAGACUUAAAGAGUUCAAGAAAUGCAUGAUUAAUGAGAUGGACGAGGAGGCGAGCUGUAAAUUCGGAUUGACUCUGUACACCCUUGAUAGAUUAUACAAGGCUGUUGAGGUGCAUGCGAAGGAAACAGGCGAGUGGUCAAGUUUGAGAGAUGACAUGUUUAAUCUGGCAAAGCCUAAUGUCGGAGUGGCGGACAAGCUGGAUGUUCUUAAAGGGCUCAAGUGGAACUACGCCUGCUUACGCCCAUCGCUGUCGUGA